CAAUCAUUAGAACUCUGCGUAUUCAUCAAUUCCUUGACGACAUCACUCGCAAUUGCAUCUCUUUUUUUGGGGCCGUUCUCUUCGUUCCCCCGCUCUCCGUUCGAUUUCAUUCAUGGCGCAUGUCGAUGGGAUCCAUCUGUUUCUCUGGUUCUGUUUUCCUCAGUCUCUUUCUCGACGUGCGCGCAACAAGACCAACAAUUAAGGCAGAGCAGAAAAGAGCCCGCUUCCCGCGCUUGCUGCUCAUUUAGUUAAUAAAUAUAUUUUUUCCGAUUUUGUAAAAUGAUUCACGGUCCAUUAUAAUCAUCAUAAUUUCAAAGCCUUUCCCAGGCGACACUGCUGCUCCAGUACGUUGAUCUAUAAUAAGCUUUUGGAUCACCAAUUUUAGUGCUAUUUUUUUCGUGUUAAAAUCCACAAGGAGAUGCAAAUGUGUAGUAUGUUUCUGCUUCAGUUGCGACGCCAAAUUGCAUUUGCGGCCAGCACGCCGCUCGAUCCAUAGAUCGUUUUGCCCUCAUCUCAUCAGUUGACUCAGUUUUCCUAGUGGUGGACAAUCGGUCCACCAAAAAGUCUUUCGGAACGCCAUCGAGCGCUUUCCAAUGAUGCAAUUCCCAUUUACUCGGAUUUUCAAAGUAAUUUUCGUGCUCUCAACAAUUGUCGCCGUUACAGAUUGUUGUUCGAGCCGGAUCUUACUGCUCCGAGAGCAUACGCUUAAGAUUGUGCAGCAUCAGCACAGCCACAUGCACGAGCAUGCUCACGAGCUGCAGCAGCAGAUCCAGGAGACAGCGGUUGAGCUGCUCAAUCGCCUGGAGCUGGAGCGCAAGCAGCUGGAGGCCUCGGCCCAGGAGGCGGCAGAGCAGCUGCAUUCCGAGACGGAUUCCGAUCCGGACAGGGAUCCACCGGACGCACAAACAAUUGUGGAGAACCCUGUGGCCUUGGAUCCUGAUCCUCCAGAAAAAUCGGAAAGUCUCGGAUCGAGUACUGCCACCUGGUUGACCAGCACUCCAAUCACCCCCUCCGAAACAGUAACUACAUCCGCAACCGUUACGCACACCGGAGAACCGCCACCUGACCAGAGCUCAACCAGUCCGCCGGAUUCCAGCACACCAACAGUAGCGGACAAGGAAUCGAACCAAAGCAAGGAGCCCGAGAUUCAGAUGCUGCCCUGCAGCGAAGCCUACAACAAUAGCUUCUGUCUGAACGGCGGCCACUGCUUUCAGCAUCCGAUGGUCAACAAUACGGUCUUUCACUCCUGCCUCUGCGUCAACGACUACGAUGGAGAAAGGUGCGCCUACAAGAGCUGGAAUGGUGACUACCUAUACACGCCGACAGCGCAGCGAAAGGUCCGGAUGGCGCACAUCGUCUUCUCCUUCCCGGUUCUCAUCAUGCUGUCAUCGCUCUACGUGCUCUUCGCAGCCGUCUUCAUGCUCCGCAAUGUGCCGGACUAUCGCCGGAAACAGCAGCAACUACACCUGCACAAGCAGCGUUUUUUUGUCAGAUGCUGAGGCACCUUCAGAACCAGAAAAGGUCCUCCUCUGAAUUUCGAUUUGAUUUGGAAACAAUUUUGGUUUCGCCUAUAUUCGCCUCAUUGUUGGAUGGCAAAUUCUUUUUGACCAUAUUUUUUUUUCUUUACGUUGCGCAGCGCAAAGUAACGCUUUAAUUUAUUGAAUACAUUUAGUGUACUUAGUAGGAUUUUCUAUUUAGUUGCAAAAGACGCACAAUUAGUAUUUGCUUUUCUUUAUCAUUUCUUAGUUUCGUUUGUUUCGCUUUUGAAGCUUUCGUUGGAGCUUUUGUAGUUUGUUUGUAGUAACAUUUUGUUACGUUAAAUUAACCAUUACGAAAUAUUAAGAAUGUACUUAGAACAUAAUCUUAGCGCUUACUCCAGUUUACCAGGACAAGUGAUUAUUUUUUUUGUAACACUCAGUUACAUCGUGUAUAUUGUAAAGAAAAACUUUUUUUGUAGUGUAUUAAAGAAGAGGAAUGGGACUCGACUCAAAACAUAACUAAAACGUUCAAAACAGUGUUUCCUUUCUCUGCGGUUCUGUUCUUGGUAUCGCUCUUUUUCUUUCAGCCGGUUGAUAUGAGUGAAGCACGCUUUUGGGUUUUAUAUUUUAUAAUAUAUAUUUUAUCCAAUAUUUCGUCCAAAAAUUCUUUACAAAUUUCUUCGAACUUACAGUUAAAUGUAUAGUAGAAAUUAUUCAAAAAAUUCUCCUCACUUUCAUCAUUUCAUCGUAUAUGAUUUGUUGAAUCUUUUUCUUCUAUCAAGAUCAUCAAUAUGAGAAUGGUAUGUAUGCGCUUGUGUGGUGGAUGUGUGUGUGCUUAAUGGGUGGUGGUGGUGAUGGAUGUGUUUUUGGGGACAGCCCCGAUCUGGAAUUCAGAGGCACCAAUACAAAACUAUCGAUGCCUGCGCGUGGGUGGAGAGGUGGAGUUUGAGUGGUGUGUGGUUGCAUUGGUGGCGUGGAUGGUGGUGGUGUCACGUGUAACUCUGACUUUUGCUUGCGUAUAUCUUGGAUUAGGGAUAUGAAGUUCGUACAAAAA